CUUUUUCUUCUCAAGAUUCACUUCUGCCUCCAAGCAGAGCUUUAUCUAAAUGCCCAGAUUAUAUGAAAUUGAUAUGUGAGGGAGCCACAUAACUUCUUAGCCGAAGAAAGCUCGUGCACGUGGACGCACGCCAGCACCUGAGGUGCCAUCCUCCUAAUACUUUGACUUGUUAGAUUUGUCAUCAGCAGCAUCCCUGGUGUCUGACUGCUGUGACGAUGAUAGAAACAGCGGAGGUGCCCUCGUCAUCCUAACAGCCUUAUUAUCAGUGCGCGCCGCGCGCUCUCGUUCGCAGCCAACCCGACCAACCUGCGGCCGCAGCGCACGCACGGUCAAACCCACCAACACCGCGAAGGAUGUCUGGGAUCGCUGGGAAUUUGGAUUGCAAUGACUGUUUUUCUCCUUCCCAUUCGUCCAACAGCUCCGACUCCCACGCGCACUCCACCAUGGAUGCGGAUGAGGAACUUUUGAAAUACAUCUGGGGAGAGUACUUGCACCCAAAGCAAUAUGAAUGGGUUCUAAUUGCGGCUUAUAUUAUUGUAUUCAUCGUCUCGCUGGUGGGAAAUUCGCUUGUUUGUUUUUCAGUGUGGAAAAAUCGCCACAUGCGCACAGUGACCAACUACUUCAUCGUGAACCUCUCCUUUGCGGACGUUUUGGUCACCAUCAUCUGCCUGCCUGCGAGUCUUGUGGUCGACAUCACAGAAACAUGGUUUUUCGGAAACACACUCUGUAAAGUCGUCCCUUAUCUUCAGACAAUCUCUGUUUGUGUGUCAGUUCUGACACUGAGCUGCAUCGCCCAGGACCGUUGGUAUGCGAUCUGUCACCCGCUCAUGUUCAAGAGCACAGCCAAGAGGGCUCGCAAGAGUAUUGUUGCCAUCUGGGUCGUGUCGUGCAUAAUCAUGAUUCCUCAGGCCAUCGUGAUGGAGUGCAGCAGUCUGCUGCCUGAACUUACAAACAAAACCAGCCUGUUCACAGUAUGCGACGAACACUGGGGAGAUGAGAUCUACCCAAAGGUUUAUCACACCUGCUUCUUCAUCGUUACCUACUUUGCACCUUUGUGCCUGAUGGUUCUGGCAUAUAUUCAGAUAUGCCACAAGCUCUGGUGCCAGCAGAUUCCUGGAAACACAUCAGUGAUUCAGAGGAAAUGGAAGUCCAUCCAGUGCUCGGCUCCAAGUGCGGCUCUCGGCGAGGCGGCGAGGGUCAGGACCAGCACAGUCUGUGCAGAGAUCAAGCAAGUCAGAGCCAGACGCAAAACAGCUCGCAUGCUGAUUGUGGUGCUCUUUGUUUUCGCUCUGUGCUACUUACCAAUCAGCGUCCUCAAUAUUAUGAAAAGAGUUUUGGGCUCCUUUAAGAACACAAACGAUAGAGAGACAGUGUAUGCAUGGUUCACCUUCUCUCACUGGCUCAUAUAUGCGAACAGUGCAGCCAACCCCAUCAUCUAUAACUUCUUGAGUGGGAAGUUCAGAGGAGAGUUCAAAUCCGCCUUCUCAUGCAGAUGUUGUGGCCAGCGGCAAAUUCAGACAAAAAGGACGACGACCAGAGCCAGCGUGGACAGCAAAAAGUCUAUGUCCACUCAACUCAACAACAUGGACAAUCUGUCUCGCAUGUCAGAGCAAAUCGUUUUGUCGUGAAAUACAAACUUGGAAUCCUACAAACUAUUUAAAAAAAGCUCAAUUUUAAAAGUCCAACUUUGUUUAUAUGAAUAAAAUAUGAUUUCUGACUUGAACAAAAAAAGAGAGGAGCUAACAACUGGUUAAAAAUAUUGUUCAGUGCUGUAUAGUGCAGUAUGGCUUCUUAUGAGCUGCUUUCUCCAUAUGAUUGAUAUUGUUUCAGCAACCAAAACAAUAAGGAAAAUUCAAAUUGAAUGUAUUAAUUUUUGUGAAGUUUGACAGGCAAGCAGGUGUUAAAUCGUUGUGAUGCUCUGAUGUUCAUCUUUUAAUCUUAAAUUCCCAUUAAUGAGGGAAUAAAUGCACCAAAGGCAUGUGAAUGUUGGCACUUUGUACAGGCUUUCAGUCUAUUUACAUAACUGUGAGAAAAAAUUCUAGUUUUUUUACAGAUAUCAUCUAAAAAUAACUACAGCCAAUCUCUCUGAAUGGUUAUAUUUGCAGUUCCUGACAUGACGGGAAUUUGUUCGCAAAUAUACAAUUUUAUGCAAAACCAAUGAAAAAAAAAAUCACCUUUGAUCAAAUUACUAGUUAUUAUAUUAUAAUAACUGGUAAUUAUUUCCAUUGUUGCAUCUAAUUUUAGCAACAUUAAUGUGUCAGAGAUGCAAACAUUUUCAGACAGCCUCCAGAAAAGACAGCUUGAAAGUGUACAAAUAUAAUAGAUGCAGGAAAGGGAGGAAGAGCCAAAAUAUAAAAUAUAUAUAUUUUUGUCUGUUUCCAAGUUUUUUUAUUACCAAAACCAUACAGUAACCAAAUAAUUUUAAGACCCACUCUGAUAAAAAAAUAGCUUUUUAGGUGUGCUUAUCAUGUUCUUGUGGCAUUUUCCUGAUGACGGAGGACAUAUGUGAAGAACAUUAAGCUCAACCUUUCAUUUCUGCGAUUUCUUUGUUCAAAUCCUUGUAAAUCAGGAGCAGAUGAGAAAAUGCAGAAUGAAAAAAAGCUAAUUUUUUAUGUGGAAAAAUAUUCCUUGCAAGCUCUCUGCUCCACUCCAUUCUGAUGCAUUAACUUGUAGACAAAUAUUUCCAUGUACGUCUUUGGUUUCCUCAUCCGAGCUCACAUCUGGCUCAAAACUGUACGUCUGGAUAAGUUCCAAUCUUGCAUAAUCUUGUAUGAGUUCUUUCUAUCUUUUGCUACUGCAGAGACUUGUCGAUUCAUAUUUAGUGAUUUAAAUAAUGCUUGGAAGAUGCGCAGAUGUGUGGCGUUAAAAUAAAAGAUAAAAAAUGCUGCUAUAUUCCAUCGCCCACUAUGGUUUCAGCAGCCGCUUUCGGAGCAGAGAAGCCAACUGUCCAGACCCGAAUCUUUUUGUAAGCAUUUGUAAUCCUAAUUGCUUUUGGAGACAAACUCAUAAAUUGUCAAUUAGUGAAGAAUGUUCAGGCAAAGAAAUUGACUCAUAAACCAUUUUUUUGUUUGUUUUUUUCUAAAUAAAAACCUUUCUCAUCAGUGGAAAAAUGUGCAGUUUGAUGAGCAAAUGUAAAAGCAAUCCCCAUAUUUACACAGUAGCAAGAAAAAAAACAAAUAGCAAAACUUUUAUUAAGUCAAAGCACAACCAGAGUAACAGUCAGUUUUUCCUUUUGAUCCAAAAACUGAAGAGACAACAAAUAAAAGCAAGAAUUUCUCAUUAAAAGAACAAAAAGCACAACAGGAAAGGUGCUGUGAUGUAGGAAUAAUGGAAAUAAAUAAAUAAAUAAAUUUAAAAAACAGUCGCAGUAAUUCUGCCCAAAAACUCAGCACAGGAAAAAAAAAGAUUUUUAAAGAGAAAUUUUAAACACAUAAAUCUCAUUUCAUUUAUACUAUGACUUGUCUGUCUUCUCAUUAAAAAAAUAGAUUUCAAUUUUGAUCUGCCCACCACCCCAGUCUGCUUUCCUAAAUCACUGGUUUUAUAAACAAAAAAAAAAAAAACUGAUUUGUUAAUUGUAAGUUUUCUGUUUGCUUAAUUCAGUAUCAAUUUAUGUUUUAUUCUAAUAUAUGAAAACAAACUUGAUUUUUCUAUGAAAACAAUGAUCACAGAUCUGAAAACAAGUCAGCUUUUACACCACCUCAGAGCUCGUCUUUGCUUUUCUUCAUUAAUAGUAUAAUUAUUUAUUGACCUAUUGUAUAAUUUUGUGAUGUUGGGGUGGAACUGAGCUCUGGAUGUGAAGUUGCAACCCCCCCCACUUCUCCUUUAUUUUCUACUAUUAAUGGUUCAAGGACAGAAAUUCUUAUUUUUUUUUUCAUAAAUGUUUGAGUCCUGUUUUUGUAUUUAUUAUGUGAUCUAUUGCAAUUUAAUUGUAACCCCAGAGGUUUGUUUUCUUAUCAGUUACUCAUUUUAAAGGUCAUUUGUUUUUUAUGGUGCAAAACUUGGAUCAAUAUUUGUCAAUUUUUUGUGUGAUUAUUAAAUGGAAUCUGUUUGCAUUAUA